AACCUUGUGUUGGUGUGACAGCCUGUUCUAUUCUGUUGUUCAUUUUGUCGACCUCAUUGCAGACAGAGCAGAAAAAGAUACAACGUGUCCAUACUACAGAUAACCAGCAGUAGAAAUGCCUCGCAUUGAGAAUGACAUCAAGUUGGACUUCAAGGAUGUACUUCUCCGUCCGAAACAAAGCACACUCAAGUCCCGUAGUGAGGUGGACCUGAUGAGAAGUUACACCUUCAGGAACUCCAAGGGAAGCUACAGAGGAAUCCCCAUUGUUGCAGCCAACAUGGACACUGUCGGCACCUUCGAGAUGGCUCUGGCUUUGUCCAAGUUCACACUCUUCACUGCCAUUCACAAGCACUAUUCAGUAGAUGACUGGAAGGAGUUUGCAACAAAGAAUCCAGAAUGUGUACCGUGUAUGGCAGUCAGCACAGGGACAGGCGAAGGGGACUUUGACAGGCUGGGUGAGAUCACAGCCGCUGUGCCUCAGCUCCAGUACAUCUGUGUGGAUGUGGCCAAUGGCUACUCUGAGCACUUUGUUAAAGACGUACGCCUGAAGUACCCGACACACACCAUCAUGGCGGGGAAUGUGGUUACCGGGGAGAUGGUGGAGGAGCUGAUCCUCGCUGGCGCUGACAUCAUCAAAGUGGGCAUCGGACCAGGCUCUGUGUGCACCACCCGUAAGAAAACAGGGGUGGGUUAUCCCCAGCUGAGCGCUGUGAUAGAGUGUGCAGAUGCUGCCCACGGCCUGGGCGGACACAUCAUCUCUGAUGGUGGAUGCACUUGCCCUGGUGACGUUUCCAAGGCUUUUGGUGCUGGGGCGGACUUUGUGAUGCUGGGCGGGAUGCUGGCCGGCCACUCAGAGAGCGGGGGCGAGGUCAUCGAGAAGAACGGGAAGAAGUACAAGCUGUUCUACGGCAUGAGCUCCGACACGGCCAUGAAAAGACACGCCGGGGGUGUGGCCGAGUACAGGGCAUCUGAAGGGAAGACGGUAGAGGUAGUCUACAAGGGUCCCGUGGACGUGACCAUACGAGAUGUCCUGGGUGGGGUACGCUCCACCUGUACCUACGUGGGUGCAGGGAAGCUCAAGGAGCUCAGCCGCAGGACCACCUUCAUCAGGGUCACCCAGCAGCUCAACACCGUCUUUGGGAACGAUAACUAGGCGAGGCCCAGGCUGGUUCACACACACACACAUAUACACACACCAUACCGUUGAUAGUAAGAAUCAGUCAUUUGAGAAACUUAAACCUAGGAUAAAUGUUUGGUUGCCAAAACCAAAACCUUUUUAGAUAAUACUAUCAAACAAUCCCUUAUCUAAGAGUCAUAUUUAAGCAAACGGCAUUAGGGGGUGUGGUAUAUGGCCAGUAUACCAAGGGCUGUUCUUACACACGACGCAACGCGGAGUGCCUUAGCCGUGGUAUAUUGCCGUGGUAUAUUGGCCAUAUACCACAAACCCUCGAGGUGCCUUAUUGCUAGUAUAAACUGAUUACCAACCUAAUUAGAGCAGUAAAAAUAAACAUUUUGUCAUACCAAUCAGCAUUCAGGGCUCGAAUCCAAGAAAUCCAGCAAACCCCCAACCAGGAUUUCUGGAGAACUUGGGAAUUUUGGGAAAGGAACCGGGAUUUUGCAACCCUAAUUCAAAGUAUUGUAGCGACCUUAACACAACACCUAGUGACCUCGUCAAGAGGUUCGGACUUCUUAGCUUAAUGGUUAAGGUGUUGGCUUGACAGUCACUGGACAUGGUUCGAGUCCUUGUCAGGGCUCCCUCCUGAAUUCGCUACAGUAUGUUUUGAUGCUAAGGAAGGCAGGACAGCUUUGAUUGUUAACUCGAUUUACUGUUAAUUUCUCGCUUUUGUCAAUUAGACUAGAUAGAAUUUCCAUUCAAUCAGUAUUCACAUUAUUACUUCACUGGAUAUUCAGUUACUUUGCUAGAAUGUUGUCUAUGCAUUAUUAUUUUAAGGUGUGCAACUGACUAGUUUUCAUUAUGUCUGUAUAUUUACUUUACUUCAUAGUAUUUUCCAGGAUGAUUCCUUUUCAUAUAUUUUGGUAUUAGUCAAACAUGUCAUGCCGUUUUUAAGCCACAUUUGUUGUUGUUUCCAAGUUGGCAUCCCAGAUUUAGGGAUGGCUGCAAGAUCACAUAAUGAUAGUAUUCUACAUAACAUACCCAAAUACACUGUAGUAAUAGCAUAGUAUAACAUUACUGGGAGACAAAAAACACCACCAAAUUUCUUAGGAGGUUUUAGGAUGAUUGUGCACAUGGUCACAUGCUUCUCUCAUGUGGCCAAAACUCAACAGCAUCUCAAGAAGAGCUAUAUCAGGGAUGCCAACUUGGAUAGGGGUGGGGGCCACAAAAAAUCUGUAGUCUUCAUGAGGGCCCUCAGUGGCUUGCGGGUCUGAGUACCCACAUCCAUACCAGCACAUGCAGUCAAAGCCGUCCCUAGCCUUUUGAGGGCCCUAAGUGAAAACUUGAAGAAUUAUCAUUCACGGUGGACAGUGGGAAAUGUGAACGGACUCUAGGUUGGAUGACCACCAAAAUGUGCGUAAAGUAGUGGUAAAGAACGUGAUUCGAAUCUUCAGCUCCAAUGUAUCAUUAACACAGCAACAGUCAUAGGCCAUGUUCGAGAGGCUCAAGCCCGCAAUGCAUCAUGGGUAAAGUGUGACUGACCGAACUUCAAAUAAUGAGUCGUUUUGAUGAAAGAUGCUUUGUAGAGCAGUCGUUUUGAUCCACUUAAAUAUGGCCAAUAUUAUCUAAACCCUGUCCAUUUCUAUAAUUUAUCUUCUUAAAAUUGUAUUUUAAACCUAAUCCUAACCACACUGCUAACCUUAUGUAUAACACACAUAUUUGAUACCUUUUUGUACCAAAUUUAGACUUUGUGGCUGUGGAAUUGGUCAGUGCCAUCCUGAAUUCUUGAGAAGUAGCUACACCAUUGAAGUUGACAUUUAGAGUUAGGUAAGGGUUAUUGUUUAAGUCGGUUUUUUAAGUCUCUGUACUUUACUAUUUAUAUUUUUGACAACUUUUACUUUUAUUCCGCAACAUUCCUAAAGAAAAUAAUGUACUUUCUACUCCAUAAAUGUUUACUGACAUCCAAAAGUACUCGUUACAUUUCAUAUGCUUAGCAGGACAGGAAAAUGCUCAAAUUCGAGCACUUGUCAAGAGAACAUCCCUGGUCAUCCAUACUGCCUCUGAUCUGGCGGACUCACUAAACACAAGUGCUUCGUUUGUAAAUUAUGUCUGGGUGUUGGAGUGUGCCACUGGCUAGCCAUAAAUUUAAAUAACAAAUAAAUCGUGCCGUCUGGUUUGCCUAUUAUAA